GGUUUCUCAUUUGCUUUAUCCCUCUUACUGUAUAAGGUGCAUUCCUGAUUAGCACAUGCAACAGAAGGCUGUAGUGGCUACCUGGGUGAGAGAGGCUGCUGUGUGCUGGCUCAGAUGCAUUCAGGACAGCGGAAGAGCUGCUGUAAACACCGGGGGAAGCCAGGUGCAUCAAAGCUUUACUCUCAGGCACCAGAACGUCAUUCAGCUGAAGAAGCACAGCACCCAUUCUUGAAUUUGGCACCCAAAGGUUGGAUGGUUCCUCUUCUGGGGAAAGGGCCCUCUGUGCCAAAAGGGAUACGUGCACCCAUCAGGGAAUUUGAAGGAAGAGCCCUACGUAUGAGGAGAUGACGUGUAAUGGCCCGGAUAACUCUGAACCUGGUGCUGCCCCAGCCACUGACAGUGACCAGGAGUGGUCCCAGGAACACUCCCGGCUAGGAACCUUUGUGGAGUUUCCCCGCGAUUGUCCGGUUCCAGCAUCAGCACUAGCUCGAGCUGGCUUUGUUUAUACUGGAGAAGGUGAUAAAGUCAAGUGCUUCAGUUGCCAUGCGACUAUUGAAGGAUGGGAGCCUGGGGAUUCAGCGAUUGACAGACACAAAAACCUUUCCCCAGAUUGCAGAUUUAUUACUGAGUCUGCUUUUUUGGAAAAUGAUGUACGUCCUCUUGCGCAGAGCCACCGGCAUAGAACUGAAAACGGCUCCAGCAAUUCAGCCCUCUCCUCUGCUCUGGAGGACUUGUCUGAUGUGGAGGCAGAUUACCUGUUGAGAACCAGGCAGGUUGUGGACAUGUCUGACACUUUGUAUCCUAAAAACCCUGCUAUGUGCAGCGAAGAAGCCAGGCUGAAGUCCUUUCACAAUUGGCCCCCCUAUGGCCUAUUGACUCCGAAGGAGUUAGCUGGUGCAGGACUCUACUAUACAGGUGUCGGUGAUCAAGUUGCAUGUUUUUGUUGCGGUGGAAAACUGAAAAACUGGGAACCUGGUGAUCGAGCUUGGUCUGAGCACAAGAGGCAUUUUCCCAAAUGCUUUUUUGUCCUGGGCCGGGAUGUUGGAAAUGUUUCAACUGAAUCUAUUUGUACAGAGCUUGGGAGAAGCUGUCUAAGCAACGAACAGCAUCCAAGGAAUCCAUCCAUGGUAGAAUAUGAGAGGCGGAUACAAACGUUUUUAACUUGGAUAUACCCUGUUAACAAGGAACAUCUUGCUGAAGCAGGGUUCUAUAGCACAGGUAAUGGUGAUCAUGUUGUGUGCUUCCACUGCGGUGGAGGAUUGCAAGAAUGGAAGGAAAAUGAAGACCCAUGGGAUCAACAUGCCAAGUGGUUUCCUGGGUGCAAGUUCUUGAGAGAGGAAAAGGGAAUAGAAUUUAUUAAUAAUGUUCACUUAAGAGAUGGAUGUAGGGAUUCAACAAUAGAAGCUGCUGAAGUUUCAAUACUUCCUGAAGAUGACCUCUUACAGAAUCAGUUGGUACAGAACGCUGUACACAUGGGUUUCAGUUUGUCUGAGAUUAGGAGCACUAUGGAAAAGAAGUUGCACGUGUCUGGAGAAAGCUAUACGUCUGUUGAGGAUCUGGUAGCAGACUUAAUAAGUGCUCAGAAAGAAAAUAUAAAGGGAGAACCACCAAAGGAAAGCCCGCUUGAGCAAGAUCUCAGUAUCGAAGAGAAGUUAAGACGCCUGCAGGAAGAAAAGCUCUGUAAAAUCUGUAUGGCUAAAGACAUAUCAGUAGUCCUCAUUCCCUGUGGUCACCUGGUUGCUUGUAAGGAAUGUGCUGAAGCAGUCAAUAAAUGUCCACUGUGUUGUACAAAUAUUAUAAAAAGACAGAAAAUUUUUAUGUAUUAGUGAGAUGGUGCAGUACUGUAGAUGUAACUGUUUCCUGCUUUAUUUCUUUAAACGUGUGUAAUGUGAUAACAGACGGUUGGGUGUUCACCAGUCUAGCACACACGGCGCAUCUCACUUUGGAGAUAAUGUAAACAGUAAAGCUUUAAUCAACACCCUGAAAAAUGAGUUGACUGUCAGAAGCUGCUAGAUUUUUGUUUAAAGCACUCAUCCUACUGCCUCCUUAGUGCUCUCCUUACUUUCUGUGCUUUUACUUUGAAGUUGUGUUGUAAAAUAACUGUUACUGUAUUUUCAGCUCUGUUUGUAUUCAUGCUUCUACUAAUCUUCUGUGAAUACAGGAGUUAAGUAUACACAUGUUCUUUCAGGAAAUGGCACAGGAAAACUGGGGGUUUUGAUUGAGUAGCACUGAUGCUGCAUUUUUUUCCCCCACUAACAAGUAUGAGAAAUCAGAGAGAGUAUAUAAGUAGCAGAAAAAAACCUGCUUUUUAUAGACCAUGUUUCUACUAAUUACCAUUUGCUCAGCUCAUUCGUCAAAAAUAGACCUGCUUAAUUCUCUCUUCUAGUGGGACCAGGGGUAACAGCCUCAUCAGAGGAAAUAAAUUGCUUUAGGGUAAUUUUUAUGAUGUUACUUUGAACGUUCAGAUGCCUGAAUAGAUUUUCUGGGAUUAAAAUUCUUUCUGAUUCAUUGGAUGCUACAUGAAAUACUUCAUUUUCUGCAUCUAUUAAUCUAGUGUUUCUAGUUUGGAAAACAUCGGCUAAAAUAUCUUUUCAUUUUAUUCUUGUCCCUUGCCUGUCUUAAAAUAACAUCAGUUAGAACCUAUAGCAAAGUUGUUCCAUGUCUUCUAGCUACAGUUGUCUGUGUGAUAUUUCAUAGAUCAGUAAUUAGAUGCCUUUAUUGCCACUGAAGGAUGUCUAUCUGUCUUGUCAUUCUUGUUUACGCUUGUAAGCCUCUGUAUCCGGUCUCAAAUAAUAAUUAACAGGCUAAACAAACAUGAACAACACAGGAACUAGCUCUGAAUAGUGUUCUUUUUUUCCCCUCUUUUCUCCUUAGAUUUACAAGGUAGCAACACCCUUGGAAUUAGUGGACCCUUUUAAAACUGCUUUAAGCUUUGAAAAUAAUGUAACUGCCUCUGGAUACCUGUGACUAAUGAAAGAUGGAAAUUGUAACUGAUGUUAAUCAUGAUGUUAAUCAGAACACUCAUUUUUAAGUUCAUUUCAUGUGCUACCUACAGGCAUAAAAUGCAGACAAUCCUAGGAUGUAAUCACCUCGCUGUAUUUAAGUUUUUCUGCUGUCCAAUGACACGUAUUUAAACAUUCUUAACAUUAUUUUUCUUAAUCGAAGUUUUUCUACAUCAAAUCCAAUACUGGAUUCAAGUAUAUGUAGCUUCUGGUAGCUUCACUUCAUAAACCUGGUUUUGCAAAGCCUAAGCAAUGCAGAGCUUUAUUUAUGUCACUAUUCCUUUGUUUCACUGUGGAAGGACUCUGUAUAACUGAAGCUUAUGCAGGUACAGUUGUUUAAAUAAUCCGGCCCUCUAUAAAACUUGUACAUAUUCAUUUUUGAAAUUGACUUGUAUUUGUAUGUGUAUCAUCUCAGGUUCUAGCAUCUCAAAAACGCCAUAUGAUUGAAAACGUUAGCUCUGUAGCUUUGGUUGUGCCAUGAUUCAUAGAAUGUGUAAAUCUGCUGCUGAGAGAUUUUAGAUUGUUACUGUUACUUUGCCAGUUGUUCUGUUGUGAUCAAUAGUUCCUGUAUCCCCACUUACUAUUUCUGUCAUUGCUGUAUAAAUAGGCCUCAGAAAACUGGUUUUAGCCUUCUGCUUUUCUCAGCACAUCCGUCUUGUAUACAAAUGUCAUUCCUUACAAGUGAACUCGACAGAACUGAAGGAUAUUCUGCAUACCUCAUGCCCUUCGUUAUGACAGGAGCUCUCUUCUUUUAAAACUUCCCUCAUACCCACGAGACAUCCAUUGUGCGUUUGCUUCAUGUUUCUAACAUGUAGCAUCAUUCUAACUCAUUUUUUCCUGCUGGUGUUUUAAGUAUAGCUGGUUUACAGUAACACUAAUUAUGUGACUUCCAAUUUGCGUGGGCACACUAAUAUAUUCUGUGUAUACAGAAAUUUUAUCUUGGAUCCUACACUGAGUAAUAUAUUUGAUUAAUGACACUUUAUAAAGAAUAUAUAGUUUUUCACAUGAUGAAAGUUUUAAAUUCAAUAUACACAAAUGCAAUGCCUCUAUUUUUUGUUAGAUAUUUGCUAUAAUUAUAUGAGAUUUCACAGAACUGACAUGUUUCUCCAGUGAAAUGUUGUGUAUAUUUAAAAUAAAGUGCAAUCCAGUUGUUUGUGGA